ACCACUGCGACGCCAAUAACUUCUGCUUCAUCACAAACGCUUGUGCAAAAAAAAAGGCUUUCCUUUGAGACCAAACGCCGACCCAAAGAAUUUCCGACUUUUGCCUGGCGCAAAGUCAUAAUUAAAUUCCUUACCGAAGACGAACCCUUGUGAUAGUUAGUCUAUUCUGAUUAUCUACAAUCCUUUGUCAUUCUAUCGUCGUCAAUCAUUCUUUCUGCGACUAGCGAUCGGCUGCGACUGCCCCUCCACUAUCCGUUUCGCCUAUUCCGUAAUAUCCUCACCACUCACGCUCACCUUCCCAACUACUAUCCCACGAAAAGGGAAAUUGCGCAAUACCUAGGGUCGCCUGACUUAAGGUUCGCUGUUAUUCUUUCCUCGGGGGGCCGAGCUUCUACUCUCCUACCUGGAAUAUUAAAACAUAAAUUCCAAAUCGCAAAUCGGUCAACCGUACACAUCCCAAAUCCGAAACUUGACCCUCUUUCUACGCCGAAUCUAUUCCCUUAGUACUAUUCUCGCCAUUCAAGAUGUCGGAACAGGUCGAUCUCACCACCAUCCCUAUCUCCCCUGAAGGCGAGAGCCCAAAGGCAGAAGAGUCUGAUAGCGGCAAGUUGGUCACUGUCUUCCAUGACAAGGACAACUUCAACGUCAAGCACCCUCUUCAGAACAAAUGGACAUUGUGGUUUACUAAACCCUCGAGCGGCAAGGGAGAUAACUGGAAUGACCUGCUCAAGGAGGUCAUCACAUUCAAUUCGGUCGAGGAGUUCUGGGGUAUUUACAACAAUAUCGCGCCGGUUUCCGAACUGGCCUUGAAAUCCGACUACCACUUAUUCAAGGAGGGCGUGCGACCGGAGUGGGAAGACCCUCAGAACAAGCACGGCGGCAAAUGGUCGUAUCAGUUUAAGGACAAGCGUAACGUCGACAUUAAUGACCUAUGGCUGCACACGAUGCUGGCCGCAAUCGGAGAGACCCUCGAGGAAGAGGACGAUGGCGAGGUCAUGGGUGUUGUCGUCAACGUUCGUAAGGCUUUCUACCGUAUUGGUGUUUGGACUCGAACUAUCGGCAAGAGCAUUCCGGGCCGUGGCGACGGUGAUGUAUCUGGCGGUAAGGGUCGAUCUGUCGAAAAGGGCCAGAAAAUUCUGCAGGCCAUUGGCAAGCAGUUCAAGGAGAUUCUGAAGCUACCCCCUAACGAGGUUGUCGAAUUUUCCGGUCACACCGAUUCGGCUCAUAGCGGCAGUACCCGAGCGAAGGCUAAAUUCACAGUCUAAUGGAAAUGGCCUACAAUUUUGAUAUUGGGAAUCGAUAGCGCCUUGACAGAAUGAUAUUGGAGGGAGGGGGUCAAGUACGUUCGCCGGUCGUCUGUUACUGGCUACUGGUACGGGGUGAGCUAUGAUUAGUGAAUUAAAGGAGGUCCAGACCACCGACAGCGGCAGUCUAUUGUUCAUCGAUACCAUGUAGCAUGCUCUUCGGCUAACUAGUACUAGGUAGUAAGCGAUGAAGGAAUUGAGUAGGGGUUGCUCAUUACCCGUCAUGUUUUUCCAUCCACGUAGCGCUAUUGGCAUUCUCUUUCCCGCAGAUAGAAUGCAAUAUCACACGAAUGAAUUAAGAA